UUUUAGGGUAGAAGGUAUCUGACUAUCUGUUUAAAGAGCAUAAUGCUACUGAUUCAGCUAAAAUAUAAUAGUUGUUUAUAGAAAUUAUAGAAAUCCUUGAUAAGAUCACAUUGACAGAUGAGGAUAAGUACUUUAAAAGGUUAGUAUUGUAUACAGCUCAGCUGUUUUUUCUAACUGUUAGGCGCCUAAGUAUUCUAUCAGUCUGUGAUUAGAUUGGGAUGCCAGACAAGGAGAACCUGUAUAAUCUUGCAUAAAACUCAAUUAUUGCUCCUAAAUAGUUGUUGUCGGAUCUUAAUAAAGCCCUCUCACUACAGAGAGAUAAGACAUUUUAUUCUCUCCCUUGUCCUAAUGGGAGGUGUAAAUAUAUAAUUAAGUUUGGCUGUCAUUAAUCACUAUCAAGUUGUUUGUCUCAGGCUUUCAAAGAUAAACCAUUCCAAAUCCCGAUUUGAUUGAAAAUCAUGGGUAACUCAAGUUCACUAGAAUGUUGGGGGAGGGUAAGUUUUUGAUUUGUAAAGUUUACAAUAUAUGCAUUUUUAAGGACAUACUUAUAGUUAUGUGAAGUCCUAUCUGUCAGUUCUUAACCUCUGGGUUGUCUUUGGGUAUGUUUGUAUUAACAGCUCUUUCUAUUGACUCUGGGUAUAGUUUCCCUUUACUUCUCAUUUAUGGUAGUUUUUGUUAUUUACUAGACAUUGUGAGUGAUGCAUUUUAGUGUUUACCUUCUGCUAAAGAAUGGUGAGUUUUGUUCUAACAGACCGUCGCAUCACUGGAAGAUCACCUUGAUCCUUUGAAGGCUUGAUUUUAGGCUUUGCUCUGGCAGGUCUGUUUUGCCUUUAGUCUGACAGUAUUUUAAGUCUUAGUCCUGGGAUGUGGUCCUUACUCUCAAGGUAUGACCCCUUGGGGGAUCAGUGGGAAGUGUGAGUUGCUUGUCAAGCCUGGUGUUCCCCAAACCCUUCUAAUUUAGUAGGACUUGAAUUCAAACUUCUAACUCCCCAGAACCAUGCUCAGUUCUUCAGCCUUCCAGUUCCAACUCUUGCUUUCCUUUGGUUUCCUAAAUACCUUGUUCAUGCACAGCCAGGAAUCAUUUAAGGAUUUUAGUGGAGUCAUAUACAUGUUUUAGGGCUAUCUGCUCUGUGGCUCUGUUUUUUCCAGGGGGAUUUCUCCUCCAAAUUCUAGCUGCUUUGACAAUUCCAGAUAUUUUGACUCUUCAGCUCAGUAAGACUCCCAUUUUCUGCUUGUAUUCUGUUCCUCAGUGCUGCAUGGACCGAGGACUACCUUCAGGGAAAAAACUAUGUAAAUGUACAUUUCAUAUGGUUUGGUUUUCUUUUUUUGAGGCUCAUAUCCCAGUUUCUGCCUGGUUUGAUUACUCUUUGGUACCUUUAAUCUUUGUCCACAGUGUCUAAUUAUUGUAAGCAAGAGAAUUGAUCUAAUUACUCUGCCAUUAUUUUUAAUGAUAAAAGUUAUCAUUAUAAAGGACUCUUUCAAAAAACUCUGCAUGCGACACAUGGGGCAGAGCCAGCCAAGAGGCAGGGAGAGGCCAGAGCUGUCGUUCCGGGCAACCCACUCGAGGAUGGCUCCCAGUCUUCCGGAAGGUGCUCGGCUUGGGGAAAGCAAACCCUCGCCCUGCUCCUUUUCCAUUGAGAGCAUUUUAGGACUGGACCAGAAGAAAAACUGUGUUCCCUCAAUGAAACCCCACAGGCCCUGGGCCGACACCUGUGGCUCCUCAGCCUCAGAAAGACUUUCGUUGAAAAGAGAGCUGAGUUGGUAUCGAGGCCGGAGACCCAGAAUUGCUUUUACUCAAAACCAGAUUGAAGUGUUAGAAAAUGUCUUUAGAGUUAACUGCUAUCCUGGCAUUGACAUCAGAGAAGACUUAGCUCGAAAAUUGAAUCUAGAGGAAGACAGAAUCCAGAUCUGGUUCCAAAAUCGGCGUGCAAAACUAAAAAGGUCCCAUAGAGAAUCACAGUUUCUAAUGGCGAAAAAAAAUUUCAACACGAAUCUCCUGGAAUAGAUAGAAAUCUAAACAUUUGAGAUUCUCUUACAAUUGCAGACCAUGAAGAAUCAAUGGAAAUAUCAAGUGAUAAAAAUGUGAUGUUUUCUUUUCAUUUAAUCUGAGUGUUGUCAUUUUUUCCCUAAAAUAUAUUGUAAAUAUUUACUGUUAUAACAUGGUACCUAUUAUACUUGGGCACUUUUAGUUACAAUAAAGCCCUUUCCUAUAUAUUUUAAUAAAAUUUUCAGAAAAAGCCAAAAAAAACCCACAAAAACAAAAAAACUCUACAUGCUGCUUAGGUAACUAGCACAGUGUUUAUUGAACACUGGAAAGUCACCAUGAGUUACUUAGGUUCCUGUGGAUGGGUGAUUGCGUUUCAGAAUCUCUACUUUUUGCCAAAGUAGCUACAUAGAAACUACGUUUUAAAGUAAUCACUAUCAAAAUAAAUUAUUUUUACUUUACAUUAUCAGAGUAAACAAAGUAAAUCAUUAUAAAUAUAAAAUGUUAUAAAGUAUAACUUUGUUUCACAAUUAACCUAAAAUUUGUCUACUAGCUCUAAGAAAUAGUAGACAUUAACAACUAAACUUUCCUUGCCAGGAUUAGGAGUAAUAUUGGUGGUCCAGGCCUCCUAAAGCCUUUCAAGAAAACUAGAGUUAUUGCCUUCUUUUUCCUCUUGGUAUGUUUCUGUAUAGUCAGGAGGGAAUAGAGACACUUGGAAUCUUCCAGAGCCUGACUUAGAAUAGAGGAGGCUCUAUCAAUAUUUGUGUUGUUGUGGUGCUCUCCUAGAAAGGCAUUUUCAAAAGUCAUGGCUGACUCAGCAUCUUCCCUUUUACUCACCUUGUUAGUGCAUUCAGUGCUGUUCGGGAAAAUAUCAGAUCAAAGAGGUACAUUGGGAAAAAUGUCAGCUGUUGAAUCACUCUCUUUCUUCUGUGCUGAAACUGGUUCCCGCAAGAAGAGUCCUUGGAUAGCGUGCCCUAUUCAGCAGAACAUCAUAUAUAGAGUUUUUCUGGGAGAUGCUAGCAGAAGCCUGGCCACUUUCCCAUAGUUCUUUUAUCUUUACCAUAAAAUGAAGAAUACUGUCUUCUGCUCACUAAAUAGCUUUCACAGAGUAAUCUUUUUUUUUAAUGUGAUACUUAAGCAGCUAUUAGUUCAGAAAUUAUUUUAUGCUCUUUAUGUAUACCACAUAUAACAGAUAACUGAAGUCUGUGGUAGUAGUUGCAAAUAAUUGAUAGUAUUAUUACAUUAUUUCAUACUCUGGGAAGUCAUAAAAUAAUUAUCGAUUCAUUCACCUGGACUUUUUUUUUUUAAAAAAAAAGAUUUUAUGGGACCCCUGGGUGGCUCAGUUGGUUGAGCAGUUGCCUUCGGCUCAGGUCAUGAUCCCAGUGUCCUGGGAUCGAGUCCCAGAGUCCCACAUCGGGCUCUUUGCUCAGCGGGGAGCCUGCUUCUCCCUCUGCCUCUG